AUGAAGCAGGUGUUGUUCUUCAUCAGGACGGCGUGGAUUCCGGCGACACACAGGGCGAAGAAGGAUGAUGUGAUUCAUGUGGUAGUGCAGAACUUAUUCAAAUCUCAACUUGCAUCGGCGACAACACUGCCGUAUUUGACCAUGAUCAGCAAGCUUUCAGGCUCUCCAAUCUCGAAGGUCGACUCAUUGAAGAACAAGGCAAAAGUCAUUCAGCUUUUGAAGAAGGAGCAGAGUGCCAGCUUAGCGAUAUCGUUGGGCGCAAGUCUCUUUGCUGCGGCUGCCGUUGAGGGCAACUUCGAGGAAGCUAGGAUACAUUCGGCGGCUCUACAAGUGGCAGUUGGUAGAUUCAUGAACAGAGGGUUCUUCGACCCAGAUGCGACACACGAGGAGCUAAGCCAACUUAUGCGUUGGGUGAUACAUCACCUUGUGUUCAACGAACUGCAAAUAUCCCAUUCGACCUCGACAAAAUCAGUCUUGGGCCUCGAGUGGCUGGUCGAAGCGUAUGCCAAGUCAGAGCGGGAGCCGUGCUCAACGUUGAUCGAUCCGGUCCUGCACGAGUCGUUCAUCUGCGGCCUUGAGAAAAGCACUCAUGAUCCGUUCGGAGACAUCUGCGACAACUUGCGGGAAAGCCUCUGUAUGCUGCAUCAGAAAGAGCCGACGCGAGCAGCUGACAGCCCGACCAAAGCCCUUCGCGACUCUCUCUACGAGACGAUACAAAGACGGCAAACCACCUAUUGGGCAUGGGUGAGGUUGGCAUGCGAGAGAUUCCCAGACCUGCAUGUUCAAGCAUCGUUCAUCUACGCCAUCUUAGCCUACUCUGCAACCUUUGCAACUGGACCACGACUACAGGACAAGUAUGGCAUUCUGUCACAGCUGAGAUGCCAUCUGAGCUACGUGAAACUCUUGGAAGAUCCAAAAGUUCUGUUCUCGUAUUGGAUCGGUGCGACGUGGGAGCAUAACGAGGCCAUGGACUUCUAUCUUGAGGACAAGUGGUUCACACGAGGUCUUGUACAGCUGUCAUCCAACAUGGGGAUCGACAACUGGUCAAGUCUCAAGGCAACGAUUGACCAAUCUAUGCCAGCUGAUCUUGCUCAGCCGAAUGGCUCAAUCUGGUUUGACGACGAGAUAAGGAUGAGCAUGGCGUUCGAUGAGGGGUGA